AUGUCCGACCUCAACUCCUGGGAGGACGACCCCUCGGCGCAGGAGGAGAACCUGUCCCGUCAGACCCAGCAGAUGAACCUCAACAACCAACAGCAGCAGUCCGGCUUCCGCCCCGGCGCUUCGUCCUUCCAGCCUGGCGCUGCCGCAUUCACGCCAGGGGCCGGCGGCUACGGAGGCUAUCCCCAGUAUCAGCAGCAGCAGCAGUACUACGGCGGCCAGCAGGGCUAUUACCCUCAGUACGGCGCCGGCCAGGGCCAGGGCUUCAACCAGUAUGGCCAGGGCCAGGGUUACGGCGCAGUGUACGGGCAGCAGGGCGGCUUCAAUCAAGGCUACGGCCAGCAAUAUCCCCAGUACGGCCAACAGCAAGCACAGAACGCCGCCCAGGCCCCGACGCCGCCUCAGCAGGGCCAACCGAAGCCAACCCCCACCAUUGCGAAGCGCCCAGACCCGGCCGCCGCACCGGAAGCCAGCAAGCCAACCGUCGCGAAAGAGGGCGGCACCAAGGUGCUGAGCAUCGGCGGGGACGCGCCAAAGCCCAAGGCCGCAAAGGUCCUGUCUAUCGGCGUCCCAGCACCCCCUAAGGAGGAGCCAAAGCCGGCAGAGGAGAAGCCAGAGGAAGCCGGCGCCGAGGCUGGCGCCAAGGCCACCGCAACCAAGGCUUUGGAGAAGACCGGAGAGACCACCAAGACCGCCAGCGGGAAGACAUCUCCCACCCCAUCAACGGGUUCGGGCCGCUCCAGCCCUAGCCGAGCUGCCAAGGCGGCCGCGAAGCGCGAUGCAGACGCUGUCGCAAACGAGCAGGCUGCCGAUGUCGAUGACGAGACCUUGAAGGAGAUUUACGGCAAGGAGCACAUGAACAUCAUCUUCAUCGGACACGUCGAUGCCGGCAAGUCGACCCUGGGUGGUUCCAUCCUCUACGCGACCGGCAUGGUCGACGAGCGAACCCUGGACAAGUACAAGCGCGAAGCCAAGGAUAUGGGCCGAGAGACUUGGUACCUGUCUUGGGCUUUGGACCUGACUAAGGAGGAGCGCUCCAAGGGCAAGACGGUCGAGGUCGGUAGAGGCUUCUUCGAGACCGAGAAGCGUCGAUACAGUAUCCUCGAUGCUCCCGGCCACAAGACCUAUGUCGCGAACAUGAUCGGAGGAGCCGCACAAGCUGAUGUUGGUAUCCUCGUCAUCUCGGCCCGAAAGGGCGAGUACGAAACCGGAUUCGAAAAGGGUGGCCAGACCCGAGAGCAUGCCAUGCUUGCCAAGACCCAGGGUGUCAACAAGCUUGUCGUCGUCAUCAACAAGAUGGACGAUCCAACUGUCGAUUGGUCGCACGACAGAUACAAGGAGUGUUCUACCAAGCUGGCGACGUUCCUGAAGGGCACGGGCUUCAACUUGAAGACGGAUGUGCACUUUAUGCCCAUUGCCGCACAGCAGACUCUGGGCAUCAAGAACAGGGUGCCCAAGGACAAGUGCCCUUGGUAUGACGGCCCCUCCUUGCUCGAGUACCUCGACAACCUCUCGACGAUGGAGCGGAAGCUCAACGCACCCUUCAUGAUGCCCGUCGCAGCCAAGUACCGUGAUAUGGGUACCAUGAUCGAGGGCAAGAUCGAGGCCGGUGUCGUCAAGAAGGGCAUGAGCUUGAUCAUGAUGCCAAACAAGGACAAGAUCGACAUCGCCGCAGUAUAUACCGAGACUGAGGAGGAAGUCAAGAUUGCACAGAGUGGUGACCAAGUCCGCUUACGCCUGCGAGGCCUCGAAGAAGAAGAUAUUUUGCCUGGCUUUGUGCUAUGCUCACCCAAGCGUCUGGUACACACUGUCACAACCUUUGAAUGUCAGAUUCGUAUCCUGGACCUGAAGACCAUUCUUACCGCCGGCUUCAACUGUGUAUGUCACGUGCACACAGCGAUUGAGGAGGUCACAUUCGAUGCUUUGAUGCACAAGUUGCAGAAGGGCACUAACCGCAAGAGCAAAUUGCCCCCUACGCAUGCGAAGAGGGGCGACAGCAUCAUUGCGCGGUUGAAGGUGAUUGGAGGAGCUGGCUCGAUUUGUGUUGAGAGGUUCGAAGACUACCCACAGAUGGGUCGUUUCACCCUGAGAGACCAGGGUCAAACCAUUGCCAUUGGCAAGAUCAUCAAGCUCAUCACCGACGAGGCUGCUUAA